CGUGGAUCGAGCGCGCGUAUAAAUUCCGAUAAAUUCGUUCUCCGUUGCGAUGUGGAAAAAACAUCUAAUUUAUUUUACUAAACAUGAACAAUGCCAGAAAUACAAAUGGAAAACGUAUUGAAAAGCAAUAAGCAUGUCCCGAAUAGUUAAACCUGAUACAUAAGAAAAAAGAACAUAGAAAUGAGCAAAUUUUAAAUUUAAAUAAAACGGUCAGAGCAAUACUGUUGCGAUAAUAAAUUAGUUUGGAAUUAUAUUUGCACUCGUAGAUAUUAUUGUGUUGUAAAGAUUGUGUUGCAAAAGAGAAUUGAACGAAAAUGAAAUGUCGAAAAAAGGACCAACACGCUCGUGUGCGAUUAAACAUCGACAAUGUGACCAAAAUGAACCGCGGAUCCAGGGAAGAGCUGCUGGGCAGCUCGCAAGAGGCGAUAAGAAACAGCCAGCACGACCUGCGCAGCUUCUCUGACAGGCCACUUACCCGGGAAGAGAAGACAUUCCUCCUCCACGCAGACAGAGGCGACUAUGUCACCGUUAAGAGAUUGAUAGAACAAUACUCGGGCAACCCCGACAUAUUGGACAUAAACUGCGUGGACCCGCUCAACCGAUCCGCGCUCAUAGCCGCCAUCGAGAACGAGAACAUUGAACUCAUCAAGUUACUCCUGGACUCUGGGAUUCAAGUGAAGGAUGCUCUUCUACACGCCAUCAAAGAAGAAUAUGUGGAGGCUGUAGAAAUACUUCUACAAUGGGAAGAGGACAACCAUGUGCCCGGCGAACAAUACAGUUGGGAGUCCGUCGACACAUCAGCGGCUACAUUCACGCCGGACAUCACACCUUUAAUCCUGGCAGCUCACAGGAAUCACUACGAGAUCCUCAAGAUCCUGCUGGACAGAGGUGCAACGCUUCCUGUGCCGCACGACGUCAAGUGUGGUUGCGACGAAUGCGUCAAGUCGUCUCAAGAAGAUUCCCUCCGGCACUCCCAAGCUCGGAUCAACGCAUACCGAGCUCUCACUUCUCCGUCCCUUAUCGCUCUAUCAUCAGCCGACCCUCUUCUAACCGCUUUCCAAUUGUCCUGGGAACUGGGGCGGCUGAGCCGAAUGGAGACUGAGUUCCGAGUGGAGUACAAGGCGCUUAGACAGCAAUGCCAAGAGUUUGCAACAUCGUUGCUAGAUCACACGAGAACUUCCAGAGAACUGGAAAUAAUGCUCAACUACAACCCGUGGGAUACAGACAGCUGGGAACCAGGAGAAAGGCAAACAUUAGGAAGGUUAAAACUAGCGAUCACAUAUAAACAGAAAAUGUUCGUCGCACAUCCAAACGUUCAGCAGCUACUAGGAGCAAUAUGGUACGAAGGCCUACCAGGAUUCAAAAGAAAAAACAUAGUUGGACAGUGUAUACAGGUGGCGAAAUUGGGCGUUAUGUUUCCAGUAUACUGCACAAUCUACAUGCUAGCGCCAAACUCAGAGUACGGGAGGUUCAUGAAGAAGCCCUUCGUAAAAUUCAUAUGUCACAGUUCCUCAUACAUGCUGUUUCUAACGCUUCUAUCGCUAGCGUCCCAACGAGCAGAAUACCUCUUACUGGAGUGGUCCGGGAUCCGCUGGCUUCAAGAGCUGGUGGAACACUGGAAGGUGCAUGAGAGAGGCUCGUUACCCGGCCUCAUAGAGUUCACCGUCAUCGUCUACAUAGCAAGUCUUAUAUGGGCUGAGAUCCGCGCUUUAUGGACGGGUGGCAUCAUGGAGUACAUCAGCGACCUCUGGAAUAUCGUGGACUUUAUCACCAACAUGUUCUACAUCGCCUGGAUUAGUCUGAGGGUUUCCGCUUGGUACAUCGUCCAGCGUGACUAUCGGAACGGCAUGGAUCCCUGGUAUCCUCGUGAGCGCUGGGAUUCGUACGAUCCAAUGUUACUUUCCGAAGGUGCAUUUGCUGCGGGAAUGAUCUUCUCAUUCCUCAAGUUGGUGCACAUUUUCUCCAUCAACCCUUACCUGGGACCGCUGCAAGUCUCCCUCGGGCGCAUGAUACUCGACAUUAUCAAGUUCUUUUUUGUAUAUAUGCUGGUUCUCUUUGCCUUUGGCUGUGGCUUGAAUCAACUGAUGUGGUAUUAUGCUGAGUUGGAGAAGAAUAAGUGCUACCACCAUCCUAAUGGAAUAGCAGAUUUUGAUACUCAGGAACGAGCAUGUACAAUCUGGCGACGCUAUGCAAACCUCUUCGAAACUUCACAGUCAUUAUUUUGGGCUUCAUUCGGUCUGGUGGAUCUGACGACCUUUGAAUUGACCGGUAUCAAGAGCUUCACCAGAUUCUGGGCUCUCCUCACCUUUGGAUCGUACUCCGUGAUAAACAUCAUUGUUCUACUGAACAUGUUGAUCGCCAUGAUGUCCAACUCCUACCAGAUCAUCUCGGAACGAUCCGACAUGGAAUGGAAGUUUGCUCGCAGCAAUCUCUGGAUGUCUUACUUUGAGGACGGGGAUACAGUCCCUCCACCCUUCAACAUCAUCCCUACGCCCAAACACCUCGUCUGUUGGAUUAAGCAUUGCUUCACUAACCGUGACCGAGGAUCUAUAAUCCACAAGUCUCGAGAGAAGGCACGUCAUCAACACGAGGCGGUGAUGAGAGUUCUGGUUCGUCGUUACGUCACCGCCGAGCAACGAGCUCGCGACGAGGUCGGCGUCACUGAAGAUGACGUCAUGGAGAUCAGGCAGGACAUAUCGACGCUGAGAUUCGAACUCAUAGAUAUAUUACACAAUAAUGGGAUGAAGACCCCGAGGCUGAAACUACAGGAUAGCACUAUUGCGGGGAAGAAAGGCAAAGUUAUGGAACGGCGAAUCCUCAAGGACUUCCAGAUCGGCAUCGUCGAGGGUAUCAUCAAAGACGUUAUCUCCAAAGAGGUCAAGCCCAAGGACGUCUUCAGUCAAAUCGCCAAAGCCAUAGUCAGGAGAGGCAGCACGGAUAGGACGGAGAGCAAGAAACGCGACUGGAACGCCCUGGUGCGCACUAACACCGUCCGUCGCGAUCCAAUAGGCAGGUCUUCAGAAGCGGAGAUCAGGCGCAGCAGGCAGUCCUUACGAGCACAUAUACUGGACAAUGUUCACGCUAGGACUAUAGACCCGCAGAAACUUCUUGAAUACAACCCCAAGCUUUCCGAAGUGACUCCCACCACUCGGGUGGCGUACGCCAAGUUCAUGCGCAGCAAGAUCACGUCAGAAUUCAAGGAGAAAGAGAAAGAGAAGGAGACGGCUGCUGGCGAAGAGUUCAGCCUCGUGGAUGAAGUGUUCGAGACACCAAAGAGGCAAGACGCGAAAAGGACUAGCAGUAAAACGUUCAGAAGCAGGACUCCAAUUCCUGAAACUUCCGAUGACGAAGGCCUUAAAGAUCACGAAAUAACUGUGAAAGCUGACAUCGAAGAUAAAGGCUCAGAAGGGGGUUCUGAGCAAACGAGACCAUUGAAAUCCUCAUCUCAAGAACCAUCCGAACCAAGCACACCAGCGUUCGACCCAAUUAGUGACAGGCGUUUCACACCUCCAGUCCAAUUCGACACUAAGGACCAUGUCAUACAAAUAGACGAAUUAGAAUCUCCAACCAGCGCUCUUUGUAUGACCAAAGAAGAAGACACGAGACUACAAAAACCUAUUACGCCUACACCGAGCGUACAUUCCGAGCAAAUUUUAUCAGCUUCAUCUUUAGACUCACAAUAUAGGCAAAUGAUGAGUCCGCCACCAUCUGUAGUAGUUCCGUGUCCGGCAGGUACUAAACUUCCUUCAGUUCUUACACCUUCUCCUUCACGUUCAACUAUUGAAUCUCCUUCUACUGUUACAAAGCCUCUUACGAUUACCAAAUCUCCACCUCCUGUGAUAAUGACCCCACCACCGCCAGAAAGUCCAGCGCCUCCUAUUCCUUUACCACCAGACAUAGCGUCUAGACCCGAAUCUAGAUCGGCCAGAACUGAAAUUAGUACACCUAGGCCUGAAGCUUCUAGCCCUAGACCAGAAACCUUAAGUUCUAAACCAGAACGACCUAAAUCUUCAUUGAGUACUCAAAGAGUUUCACCAUCACCGUCACCAUUUCCCUCGCCAUCCCGUAGCCCUAUAACUGACAAAGGUAAAUCUAAGGUGACAGGUAAAAUGGUAUCUGGUUGGCUUUAAAUUUUAGGUAAGAAUAAAAUGUUUACAGAAUUGGUUAGCAUCAUGCAUACCAACAUAUUAAAAUUCGAGUUUCGAUUCUGUCAAUUCUUUACUAAAUAAUCUGAUUGGUUUUUUGUCUCCUUUACGAUUUACUUAUACUAUAUAAUUAUCGAACUUAUUCACAGUUCAGGGCGUAUUUUGAAAUCUGGGUCUUUUUUACGAUUUGCAUUUGAUUUUUUUUUUUAUUAUUAUCAGUACAGAAUUAGUAAAUUUCAUCAAAAUAUAGGUAUUUUACGCCCUCUUGGCCCUUGGGUAAAUACGCCCCUGCUUAUUCACCCUGAAAAUGUUAUGGUAACUUCUUGUUUUUGCGUUAGGCGAUCAGAGCUUAGCAGCUUAAGAUCCUGUAUUUAUUAAAGACAUAAAGAGCGUUUAAAAUUUGAGAGUAUGAACAUGGAAUUAUGCCAGACUCGUUUGUACACCGAAAUAAAUACUAAUUAUAAUUUGAAUUCACUGAAUCUUUUAAAGUUUGAUGCAUAUAUUUAUUGGGGAAACAAGGUAGGUAUUCCAUGUUAUUUAAAUAUUAUUCAAAAUAACCAAUUUUAUAUUGCCUACAGAACAAUUUACUUUAUCAGAUUUGCAUAGCCUUAAGAUAAUUAUUAACCAACCUGUAGAAAUAGAAUCAUAUUUUUUUCUUCUCAUAAAGUUCCUUUUAAAUGCGAGCAUGAAUUUUAUCCCCAUGAGACAGCACUGUCGACAGAAAUCGAAUUAUAUCCCUCACAAGCCAUUUGCGUAAUAGUAUGACCACACCCAAGUUUUGAAAUUUAAACGUGCAACAUUAAAAUAGAAGUUUCGUCGAAAAUAGACUUUAAACACUCAUAGACAAAAACUAAAAUCAAGUGGCAUGAGCAGUUCAGUUUAACUAGUCGAGGUGUAAUAGUAUUAUCCACCAACGCGGAGUCAUGUGAGAUUCUUUAAACGUCAGAGCUUGCUAAUUCUGUUUACAAAUAGAUUUUUAUUAUCACCACAGUUGUAUAAAAAAUAUAAAUUACUAGCUGACUCGGCGAACUUCGUACCGCCCAAAAGUAAUAAUUUGCAAUAAAUUAAAAUUGCGACUAUAAUUUGAGAUUUAAACUAUCCUAUCUCUCAAGUUGGAUCGAACUGCACAUGGUGUGCGAAUUUUAUAAUAAUCGGUUCAGUGGUUUAGGAGUCCAUUGAGGACAAACAUUGUGACACGAGAUUUAUAUAUAUUAAGAUUAUAGAUUACUAGCUGACCCAGCGAACUUCGUACCGCCAUAAAAAUAGGGGCAGGUAGUAGAAGAGAAAACUUAGGGUUGUAUGUAUAUUUUAAUACCAUAUUUAAAAAAAUAUGUCCAAAAAAAUUUUAGGGGUGUGUAACGUAGUGUUCUAUCAAUUUCCUGGGAUAAUAUUCCUCCUAACCCAUAUCAGAACACUACGUUACAAUACCCAAUAGUUUGAAUUUUGGCGCGAAGGCGAAUUGUAGGUUUCAGAACACUACGUUACAGGUGGACAACCAUUAUCACUUAUGGAUAUGAAAAUUAGAUAGUAGCCGAUUCUCAGACCCACGGAAUAUGCAUAUAAAAUUUCAUAAAAAUCAAUCAGGCCGUUUCGGAGGAGUAUGGUAACUAACAUUGUGACACGAGAAUUUUAUAUAUAAGAUUUUUACGGUUUAAUGGUCGACUGAAAAUAGCGUCUGAAAACGAUUACUUUUGAUCUUUUUUGUAAAUAACAAAAAUAUUACAUUGGAGUCAGUGUUAAAGUUUUUCUGUAAGAAAAUUUAAAAUAUUUGUCCAAUGAAUUAAUGCAAGAUUAAUCCGACAAUUUUAAAAAUUAUGUUAAUAACCAUUUUUUUUUAAUUGAUCGAUUUUUUUUAUUAGAUCAGUAGUAAAAACUCAAUUUACCGUAGAUAUAUAAACAUAAGAUUAACUUUCAUUAAGAACUAGGAAUAAUGGAAGAUGUUAUUCUUAAGUUUCGCCAUCUUAAACAUAACGCUGUCUCUCCUAGAUUCCUAGGAAAGAAUAGAUAUAAUAAUUUGCAUAUUAAGAUAGUUUGAAAUUACGUUACUAUUCACUUGAAACACACUUGACUACAUGAUUUAUUUUAAUUUUAUGUUUUAACUUUACAAGCUAAUUAAGACAAUGAUACAGGUUAUAAGUAUUACCGCAAAAAAAAGUAAAUAAUAAUGUUAAGGUUUCAUAAUUACAUAAUUAGUGAGUUAACGCAGAGACAUACGUGAACUCGUUAUGCAAUUACAAAACCUUUAAAAGGACAAUGUUAAAAUUGGCCUAAGAACCAACACCAAUUUGGCAUUUAUGAUAAUUCUUAGUAUAUUUUUUGCGAUAAUUAUCAGUAUUUAGAUUGUGACGGACACUUCCAGUUAAGUAAGCUAAAUUAAAAAGUUAAUAAAUAAUCUGAGACAAUAAAUACCAUUUUAUGUGUAUAAUCUAUGACAGCGCUGAAAACAAAAAACACUUUCUUCCUAAUGCUGGCACUUCACUUGGCUAUUCGUAUUUGCUAUAUAGAAACAUGACAUCAGUCUGUCCUUUUCAUUCCUUAUUAAGCAUGACAUGGACAAACAGUUGUCAAGUGAAGGGCCGGCAUAAACAUGAUACUCUUUGGUUGUGGUGCAGGCAGUUUGCAUUCUCUCUAAUCUGCGGCAUUCGUGCAUUCUCGUCGAAGAGUACUUUUUAUAUACGGAAAAUUCUCGUUCGGAUCACCUGUUCUGUGUGUUUAUUUGCGAUUGUUUUUCCUUUAAUUUAACUAUUACUAUUUCGGCUAUCUAAUAUGCCAUCGAUGUUACCAAAGAGCACCUUAUUGAGCCGAGUUAAUAUAAUUUUAAUAAACUCCUUUUAUUUUUAGUUUCAACAUAGCUGCUAAACUGCUAACACAGGUUGAUUUUUUAUUUUCAUCUUUUUAUUAAUUCAUUGAUUUCCCCAAUAAUGUUAACAAUUUAUUACAUCGCACGGAACAUUAAAUAAUAAUCACUCAAACCAUUUCUUUGUACAAGAAGAUUAGGAUCCCAAUGAAAAGAUUUUUCAAAGGGCCUCUCAAAUUUAAAUCAACUUUUCACUUUUACAAUAUAACUUGGAUAAAUAAAAUAAAUAUAAUUUACAUUCCCUUAAUUAAAAUAACAAUAAAUUGAGCUAAAAUUAAUAUUAUGAUAAAUAUAAUUAUAUUAUUAAAAAUAAACAACACAAGGCACUUUAUUAAAAAAAACUAAAAAUGGUUUUCUAGUGUUCUCCACACAAAGAUAAGAUAAUAAUUGUUACAACAAAUGUAGUAAGGACUAUUUUACUUCAAAUUGAUUUAUUUAGGACAUGCUCAGACAGUGCUGAGCCUAUUCUUAUUUUAUAGUAAUCCGAGAAUUUGCUUUUCUGAAACUCUGGGUGUUCAUAUAUCUCAACUACCGUUAUCAGACCGGUUUGCGACGAGAUUACUUAUAAAAAUAUCCAAUAAUAUAAAAAAAAACCUUACAAAGCUGUUUCAUCAAACACCUUUGGUCGAUAGAUAAAGCAGCAGACUUUACAAAAGAGUAAUGUAAAUAAAAGUUCAAAUAUAUCUAGUACCUAACCUUAUUGAUAAUAUAUUAAGCAAAUGUUAGCAAAGCUUAACGCAUGUUGGUACUAAGCAUCUAAAAGCAAUGAUGAACAUGAUUUAUUAUAAUUUAUAUCGGAUAAUAUCCUAUUUAUUUCUUGACAACAUUGACUUUUACUCUCUAAAAAUCUACAUAGUAAAGAAAAAUAAAACUUGAAGGCGAUAACAGGAUAAUUAAAUGAUCAAACGAACUUACCUAAGAGAAGUUCGAUCUGAAUUAUCCUGUUAUUGCCGAAGAAAUUUAGGAUCCCUCCCACCCUAAUAUUUUUUACCCCCUAGUUAUCUAGGACAACAUCUUCAAUGUAUUUUCUUAUUCUCUAAAAUAUAUGAGCAUCGAACCGAUGAGCAACGGCGGCGGGGCGU